AUGUGCAACUUCCACUGGGAUGGAGAGGGCUUUGCCAACUCUGCCGAGAACAUCGAGUUCGCACUUGAGGGAGAUGGCGACGUCCCCGUCCUCCGUGCCACCCUCUUCGACGCUGAUGGCAACCCUGAGACUCGUGACAUCAACUUGGGCGAGCGCAUUGUCAACAACGAUGGCAACUUCCACUACGGUAUGCAGCAACCAUCAGGCCGGUGA